AUGUCACAUGAUUAGGGUGUUUUCUAGUUGCGCCUAUGUCAGUUUAUUUGUAACACAGGUAAAGCAAGAAGGAUUAGGAGUGACUGUGUGAAGAGCUGUUGAGAAGAAAAAAUAAAAACAAGCACACGUUUCACCCACAGGACUUUAAUUUUGCCGGGUUGUUUCUGCAUUCUUGGCAAAGAAGGCUUUUGAACCAAUAAACACAAAAGAAGUGACAGCGACUCGUAGGAAGAAGCCAUUUAACAGACAAAUGGCACCCGUUUCAAUCUUUGUAAGCCUGGAAGUUUGGGUUUAAGUCAAAAGUUGUUUUUUGGUUUUUUGGGUUUUUUUUUUUUUGUUUGUUUUAUUUUAAACGUUUGACAUGUAGCAUGUGAUGAUACAUUGUUAUAUGAUGUUAGAGUUUUAGUUUGGACUUUCCCAGAGGAAUUCUGACCAAGUGAAAUUACAAAGAGACAUAUCGACAUACUGUUUUUUCGGGAUUCAGUUACGCUUAAGUUAAGCAAGCUAUGUUUUGCCAGUGAAUCUGGUAAUGUCAGUACAAUUAACGAUAAACAGUACUGGUGAGAAAAUGUUAACAAGCACCUUGAUUGCGAAUUCAUCAGCUGCAAAAGUUUUAAGUGAUGUAAGCUCUCCACUGUCACCCCCUUUUUCAAAUUAUACAGACCUUAGCAAUGCAACGUUGUUACGGUCCGGAAACGCCUCAGUCAGUGGGGAUCGGCUCUUUCUGAACACAGCGGCGGCUCAAGGGCUGUCUGGAGUCUUUGUGUGGUCAGCACUGCUGCUCACCUGUCACCAGAUCUACAUGCAUCUACGGUAUUACAGCAUUCCGAACGAGCAGCGCUACAUCAUUAGAAUUCUCUUUAUUGUCCCAAUUUAUGCCUUUGACUCCUGGCUCAGCCUUCUUUUUAUCAGCAACGAUCAGUACUAUGUUUAUUUCGACUCGGUACGGGACUGCUACGAAGCAUUCGUAAUUUAUAACUUCCUCAGUCUGUCCUUUGAAUUUCUUGGAGGGGAGAGUGCGAUUAUGUCGGAAAUCAGAGGGAAACCCAUUCAGUCAAGCUGUUUAUAUGGAACCUGCUGUUUGGGAGGAAUUAGUUACUCAAUUGGAUUUCUGCGUUUCUGCAAACAGGCAACCCUUCAGUUCUGUGUUAUCAAACCCAUUAUGGCUGUCAUCACCAUCAUAUUGCAAGCAUUUGGGAAAUACCAUGAUGGAGACUUUAAUGUUAACGGUGGCUUCCUCUACAUCAGCAUCAUCUAUAACUUCUCAGUGAGCCUGUCGCUCUACUCUCUGUUUCUGUUCUACUUCGCUACCAGUGACCUGCUCCGCCCUUUCAAACCCGUGCUAAAAUUCCUGACCAUAAAAUCAGUGAUUUUCCUCUCUUUCUGGCAAGGUAUGUUGCUUGCUAUCCUAGAGAGGUGUGGUGUCAUCCCUGAAGCAUUGUUAAUCGACGGCCAUAAAGUAGGGGCUGGGACAGUGGCUGCAGGCUGGCAGAAUUUUAUCACAUGUAUUGAGAUGUUCUUUGCUGCAAUAGCACUCCGACACGCCUUUACCUACAAUGUAUACCAGGAGAAAAAAAAUGAACUAUCAGGUAACAACGCCCCAAUGCAGAACAUCUCUAGUGGGUUGAAGGAGACGAUGAACCCCAAUGAUAUGGUUCAGGAUGCCAUUCACAACUUCUCCCCCGCCUAUCAACAGUACACCCAGCAAUCCACCCAGGACGUGACGGCCACCAGCCAGAAUGGGAGGCCUGGGCAGCACCGAAAUGGGCACAAGACCAAACGGCCAAAGAAAAACGACAAACUCGUGCUGAUCACCUCAGAUGAUGAACAGUAGACACUUUGGAGUGUUAUUUUACUGGGUGAGUUUCACCAAUUGAUGCUUUAUCCAAAGGAUGUACACAUUCCAAACAAAAAACAAACAAAAAAAAUGCAAAAACCUGAAACAACUUAAAAUAGAAAUAAGGCUGCUUCCUUUUUUAUUUAGACAAGAUACAGUGGAAUAUAUAUAUUUCCAGUUUACAUGCUGAACAGUGUUGCUGGAACAUUGAUGUUCCUUGUUAUAUGGGUGAGUGACUCUCAAAACCACAGAAGUUACCUUGUAUUAGAUUCAUGUCAGUUUUGAGAAGCACUUCAUCAAUAUCAUAAAUCAUAGAUAGCAAAGCUGUAUUGUAACCAGAGAGGCUGUCUGUUUCACCCACUGUUGGAUAUGACUGGCAGCUCUAUUGAAGUUGUUAGACUGGCCGUUAAAACACUCUGAACCCCAUGCCCCUGUUCUUUCACAGACAAUAUAUCUGACAGGCUCCGAAGAUAGAAGGGGCUAGCUUUUGAAAACAUUACAAAUAAAACAUCAUUUUUUGCUUUUAUUUUUAAAUAGAGUGCAGAGUAUGAAACUCUGUACCACCAUGUAUGUUUUAUCUUUAAGAAUGUUAGUUUGCUGUUUUAGUGUUAGCUAAAUAAUUAUUUUCAAUUUAACAAACUGAAGCUUCAAUGAUUAAUUAUUAUUAUUAUUAUUAUUAUUAUUUUUUUUUUUUUUUUUUUUUUUUUUUUUUUUUGACAAUCCUAUAGACACAUUAAUCCAAAAAGAAAACUCAUUGGGCCCUGUUCACAAAAUUUCUUUUAAAAAUGGUUUUAUCAAAAUGGACCAUUAUUGCCAAAAAGCGCCACAAAGUUUGAAGCACUUGUUUUGUGAAGGAUGGUAUUAUAUUUUUGUUGUAUGUUUACAUGUUCUUUAUUGGCAAUCAUUUUUUGCACAAAAGCAUCACAAUACUUGUUUGAAAGCUGAUUGUUAAAUAAUAAAUGUCCAUUGUUUUUCUGCUUUCGAUCUUCUGUGCUUUCAUGACUUGUAAAUGCUACUUUCUUUUGGCAUAUGUUAAGACAGUAAACAGUACACACAGGUUCCCACAGUUUUAAUGUUUGGGGUCUGUAUUCACCACUUCAGCUUCCAUUCCUGGUAAUUUAGUAUUUAAUAUCCCAGUACUAUACCUGGUCUGUAUGUUCAAAAACUAUAUAAAUAACACUUUAUUUUAUUGCUGUUGGAAUUAAACAUUCUUCCCAUGUACUGUACAUUAAAUU